GGGCGCCGAGGCUUUGCGGCUUUGGGUUUGCACUAGUGCCUGUGUCGGUGUCCCGCUUUGAAAUGCAGCGGGAUUUAGUGAGUUUCCCGCUGUCUCCAGCGGUGCGAGCGAAGCUGGUGUCUGCAGGUUUCCAGACUGCUGAGGAACUCCUAGAGGUGAAACCCUCCGAACUCAGCAAAGGACAGCAGGUAGAUGUCAAUGACCUAGAAAACACUUUGAAAGACAUGAAAGUAGAGGUCACAGAUGAGGACUGUUUGCACGUAAUAAAACUAUAUCAUUUGAUGGAGGAAAGAUUGAUAUGAAUAACCUGGACACAUUGCUGGAAAUAUGGGGAUUGAGCUCUCACUUAAAGAACUUGAAGAUUUUUCGCAAAAUCUACCAGUUGAUGGUGAGCAUUGCAGAUAAAAAUGUAUUCCUUUUAGGACAGCUUGUGUUUGAGAGCACCCAUAGAACAAUGAUGGUGCUGACUCAACAUCAGCUGGGCAUUCUGAAAAGCUUGUAGCAGAAUUCGGGUCUCAAACAAAAACACAUCCUCUCUCUUUAUUAGUCAAAGUCCAGCAAAUGUCUUCCACUGUGGAUAAAGACAAUUGGUGAGAGUGCUAACGGACCAUUCGCAGCUCAAAGAAUGAAGAAGAGAAGGAAAAUAGAAAGAGAAAAAUUUGAGAGAAACAUUAACCAAUACGUGAGAAAAAAGGAGAACUGCCUAUGACGAAAAAUGCUUAAAACUGAUUAAUGGUUAUUUCCAGUAUGUAUGCCUCAGCUGUUCUAAAACAGCAAGACGAACGGGAUACAGAGAGACACAUCAGGAAUUCUAAAGGAGACAGAACUAUGGCUU